GCAUCUAGCAGAGACAACACGGCGUCAGCAAGGCGGUAAGCGACGCCUGAAGCCCCAGAUCGAAUAUCAAACCCGACUAGCAGAGCUGAAGACAAGACUCGUAGCGACUACUCGGGGAGGUUGUUCCUGGCGCUGGCGUCUCCCUGCGCUGGCAGGUUUAAAGGUGCAGUGCCAGAGGCUUGGGGUGCGAUCGCUGGUGGACCCCGUCGAUUUGGUGGCUUUGCGCACCUUGGGAAACCCUCUUCAGGCGUCUGGAUGGGGGUUAGCACCUUAAGCCUGAAUGGCACCCAAAUUAGCAGCCAUAGGGGAGCCCGCAUAGCCACCCUAGCCUACAACACUAGCCCCUACGACGUUGAUGGUGCCUGACCCUGGCUCCCAACAACCGCGAUCCACCCAAAAAUUGACAGGGAAGUGCAGCUCUCCGGACGCCAACAUUCUUAUUGACGGACACUCAGAGUGAAUGGCUGCAAAUAAUUCUGGCCCCAGCAGUUACAGUUGCAGUCCUGAACAGACCAGUUGCGCAGUCUCCCUUGCCUCUACACCACCCUCAUCCUCACUGUCCCGACUUGACACAGUCCAGCAUUGUGUCUGUCCUCUGCAUUUGCAUUUCCCUCUUUAUUCUAUCUUCAACAUAACAACAUUGGACUCACAGCGAGAUCAUAAUCGUCGCGCUGCCCCCUGAACCUCUCUCCCUCUACCCCACACCGCCGCAACAAUGUCUGCGAAGUCCAUUCUCGAGGCCGAUGGCAAGGCCAUCCUCAACUACCACUUAACUCGAGCUCCCGUUGUCAAGCCUACACCGCUGAAGCCUACUGGAGUGCACAAUCCUCCGCCCAAACUCGCAUCUCUGCAUUUCCCCGAAGAUGAGGCUGUCAAGACCGUCUUGGACCAAGCUGAAGCCACGUAUCCCUGGCUUUUGGCACCCGGGGCCAAGUUCGUCGCGAAACCAGACCAGUUGAUCAAGAGAAGAGGGAAGAGCGGCCUGUUGGCUUUGAACAAGACAUGGCCAGAAGCCAGAGCCUGGAUCGAGGCCAGAGCCGGAAAGGAACAAAAAGUCGAAAGCGUCACUGGCAUCCUUAGACAAUUCCUCGUUGAGCCCUUUGUGCCUCACCCGCAAGACACGGAAUACUACAUCAACAUCAACUCUGUCCGAGACGGCGAUUGGAUCCUCUUCACGCACGAGGGUGGUGUCGACGUGGGCGAUGUCGACGCAAAGGCCGAAAAGAUUCUUAUUCCAGUCGAUUUGAAAGACUUCCCAUCGAAUCAAGAGCUGGCAGAGGCUCUGCUGAAGAAAGUCCCUCAGGGUAUCCAUAACGUUUUGCUCGACUUCAUUAUCCGCCUCUACUCGGUCUAUGUUGACUGCCAGUUUACAUACCUGGAGAUCAACCCGCUUGUGGUGAUUCCCAAUGCCGAACGCACGUCAGCCGAGGUGCACUUCCUCGAUCUGGCAGCCAAGCUGGACCAAACGGCCGACUUUGAAUGCGGCACCAAAUGGGCCAUUGCGCGAAGUCCGGCUGCGCUGGGUCUCCCAGGCAGCGGCAAGAGCGACGGCAAGGUGACCAUCGACGUGGGCCCGCCGAUGGAAUUCCCCGCGCCGUUUGGACGAGAACUCAGCAAAGAAGAGAAGUACAUUGCGGACAUGGAUGCAAAGACGGGCGCCUCGCUCAAGCUCACCAUCUUGAACCCGCAAGGCCGCGUGUGGACGUUGGUCGCCGGUGGUGGCGCCUCUGUGGUCUAUGCCGACGCCAUUGCCUCGGCCGGCUUCGUCAGCGAGCUGGCCAACUAUGGUGAAUACUCGGGCGCGCCGACCGAGACGCAGACGUACAACUACGCUCGCACGGUUCUUGAUCUCAUGCUCCGGGCCCCCAAGCGCGAGGAAGGCAAGGUUUUGUUUAUCGGUGGCGGUAUCGCCAACUUCACCAACGUGGCGUCCACGUUCAAAGGUGUCAUCCGCGCCCUGAGGGAGGUUUCGACCGUGCUCAAUGAGCACAAGGUCCAGAUCUGGGUCCGUCGUGCCGGCCCCAACUACCAGGAAGGUCUGAAGAACAUCAAGGCCGUUGGCGAAGAAUUGCGCCUCAACAUGCACGUCUAUGGACCCGAGAUGCACGUCAGCGGUAUUGUGCCCUUGGCUCUGUUGGGCAAGAAGAGCACGGUUCCCGAAUUCGGUGGUUGAGCAGCUCGCUUGUAUGCCUGUGUUGAAUGUUUGCAGAUAUUAGUACUACUGCUACUAUUACCGCUACUACUAGUAUUGCGUUACGAUGAGCGCCCCCAUUGCAUUCCGUUGCAUUCUUAUUGUCGUACUUUGUAUCCUGUGGUGUCAGUCGUGGUUGGCCCGCACUGCGAGUGGUGUCGGAUCCUCAGCAUCCAAGACCAAGACGUAGAAGGCCAGCAUCAAAGAAUCGAUUUGGAUUAAGCCGAGA